AGAUGCCUCUAACACUAGCUUCUCUAUUUUUUUUUUAUAUUACAAUAAUCAUAAAAAACCUUGCUAUGUGUACUGCAUUAAGCUAACUGCGACUAUUUAUAGCACUUGCAUAUCAUAGAUUUUAAUUGCUUCCAUUGUCCUCAUUUGUAAGAUGUUUGGAUAAAAGCAUCUGGUAAAUGACUAAAGGUAAAUGUACAUUUUUCUGUAUUAUUUGGCAUUUUCUGAUUUUAUAUUGUGAGAUCCCAAGACUUGCUCCUCAUCAGGUCACUGUCCGAGGUCUUGUGCAUAGUGCACAAUUAGUAAAUUCUAUCACAAGUACUUUAUCCAGCUUAUAGCCAACCUUACCUGAUCCUACUGACCUGCCUAGCUCAGUUCAGCCAAUCAGAUACUUUCUUUUGGCAUCAUUUACUCUUCUGUCCUGCCUCUAUAUUUAAUCCCUCUUUUAUUUUAAACAUAAAUGCAGUGUUUACAUGGAUUUCCAUCCUAUCUGCACUUAUCUUGUAUUCUUCGCAUACAAAUUAUUACUCAUUUACAUUGUUUACCUCUUAUAAUAACAUAUCAUAUUUCAUGAGAGAGCUUUUGACUGAAAUCUCCCAGAAGUGUGGAUAAGGUACUGACCUCUGACCCUGAAAGGCUCUUGUUAGCUCAGGUCUUCUCUACUGUGCAUCAUGUGACGUCAGUGAUGGAUGCUUUGAGUAGCCAGGGCAUGAGUGCUGAGUAAGUAAUCCAAUUUGCGCAACUUGAGCUCCCUUCUCGCUUUCGGCGUGGCAAUCUGUUGAUCACUUCUCAGCUCAAUGAAUCAGAAAAACGUGUUCUUCUCUCUUCUCUCCUUCAUCGCAAAGUUGGAAUAUAGAUUGUGUAGGUAUUUUGCCCAUGACUUUCUUUUGUUGCAUUCUGUAAAGAUGCAUAACAACAAUAUAUAGGAUGGAGAGAAUCAAAGGAAAGACUCUUUGAUGGAGCUUUCUCAAAGAGCAGCAAAAUGUACAAAGAAGCAAUGGGAAGUGUAUUAUCUAACAGACAUGGAUGAGCCUUAAUCGGCCACCUCAACUUUGAAGGGAGAUUCAGCGAGUCCUUAACUCAUGGGUAAUGGUGGCGAAAUAAACCUGUAGAUGCCAUGGUAACAUUCAGCGACACGACUGACAUUCACAUGAUGCCUCCACCGUCUUGUAUACCCACUCCACAGUCACCAGGCUUGCGGCGCAAACAACUGCUGUGGCAAAAUGCUGUGAAACACAUCAUUAGCCAACGGGGGCUGAGACAGCAGUUUGGCGUUGAGCCAGCCCGGAAAAUUCAUGUCACUGAUGCCUAUAUCGAGGAAAUCAACCGACAGAUCCGCUGCAAAGCAUCACGGGGUAUGACUAAACGGCGUUCCUCGGUUGCCAGAGUUCAUCCAUCCUUUUUUGGGGAACGUAGCUGUUCAUCCAGUACUCAAACAUCUGCGGACUAUGUCAGUGAUGCUGACUUUUUUGUGCACUGGGGCCACAUUAUCCACGGGGUGUAUGUGCCAACAUUGAGACACAUCUUCAAAUCCAAAGACCUUGAGAAACUCUACCAGCGCCAUUCCUCACAUACUAGAAGAACCUCAUUAGUUGUCACAAACAUUAUUGAUGCAGCUGCCAAACUGCACCUGCUUUUUCUCUACCUGGCCCUGGUGUCGGACGGUUCAGACAUACUUCUAGGCUGGUUUACGGGGUUUUUCAUGGCUUGUGCAAUUGCCCUGUGUAUUUUGGUACUCACCUGUAAACGGUCACACUCCCCAAGAUGGUUGCAUUACGCUGGUAUGGCUAGCUGGCUGUCACAGACUACUCAGGUGUUGGGUGGGCUGGCAUAUGGGUUGGAAAGAGACCAGUCCUGGUAUGUACUUUUCACCCUGUUUGCCACAUACACUCUAUUGCCAUUGCCACUGCUCUGGGCUAUCGGAGCUGGCACACUCACCUCAAUACUUCAUCUCACUGCAGAGACAAUAUGUCACAUCAGCGAAGUGGGACUGCUAAGAAAGAUUCUCGCCAAGGCUUUACUAUACACAAGCAUGAAUGUGGCAGGUCUAUUCAUUCAUUACCUGACUGAUCGGUCCCAAAGACAAGCCUUUCUUGAGACACGCCGCUGCAUUGAAGGCCGCAUGAAACUAGAGACUGAAAACCAGAGACAGGAGCGUUUGGUGCUGUCUAUCCUGCCCCGCUUUGUUGCCUUGGAGAUGAUUGCCGAUAUGUCUUCUAUGGAUGAUGAUCUUGAUCCACAGCAAUUUCACAAAAUAUAUAUCCAUCAGUACAAAGAUGUCAGUAUCCUCUUUGCUGAUAUAAAGGGCUUCACUCUGUUAUCCAUGAACAUGUCUGCUCAGGAAUUAGUGCGCUUACUCAAUGAGCUCUUUGGACGUUUUGACCGGCUAGCCGAUGAAUAUGACUGCUUGAGAAUAAAAAUCUUAGGGGACUGCUACUACUGUGUAUCUGGGGUACCAGAGCCUCAGCGAGCACAUGCUCACUGCUGUGUGAAGAUGGGACUAGCAAUGAUCAGCACCAUUCGAUCUAUAAGGAAACAACUGAACUUUGACAUGGAUAUGCGAAUUGGGAUCCACUCGGGCUCUGUACUUUGUGGGGUUCUGGGUCUACAAAAAUGGCAGUUUGAUGUGUGGUCUUGGGAUGUAGGCAUUGCCAACAUGCUUGAAGCAGGGGGGAUCCCUGGACGCAUCCACAUUUCACGUGCUACUUUGGACUGUCUGGAUGGAAGCUACCAAACAGAGAACGGGCAUGGAUAUGAACGCAAUGAGUUCUUACGAAAACACAAGAUUGACACUUUCCUUAUCUGCCACAAAGAGGAGGAUCUAGAUGGAAUGGAAGCAGAUCAUUUAAAAACUCAGCAAAGCCACCGCCCCUGGAACAAAGAGAUAUUGGCCUCCUUCUCCCAUGGGUCUUACACACAACUUCCUACAUCCUCAGUGUGCAGAUCUACAUCCAAGGAGAUCAACAAACGGAUAGAGCAUGCUAUAGAUCUUCGCAGCAGUGAGCGCAUGCGUCAGGAGCAUAUCACUUCAGCCACAUUGGUGUUUAAGGAUACACACAUUGAGGAGAAGUUCUCUCAGGUAAGGGACGAGAUGUUUAAGACCAAUCUAGUAUGUUCCUUCAUCAUGUUUCUUCUUCUCAUGGCUGUCCAAGCCCUCAUUCCUGUACCCAGGUUUUAUUACUGGACAGCACUGCAGUUCUGUCUAUUCUUGCUAGGAUAUCUCUUAUUGCUUAUGAUGGUCUUGGCUGAAGAGUUUAAACAAUUUCCCAGUGUCCUUCAGCAGUUCUGCUGCUGGAUCCAUGAAAACAACAGUAUGCGGAACCUUCUCACUGUCACAGCUAUAGCCAUCAACUUUGGCAUGGCUCUGUUUGAUAUGAUAUGGUGUCACUCUACUGAGACAAGAGAAAUAAGCACCAUUGAAACAGAGGAAUAUAAGCCCAGCCAGAAGCCUCUUACUGCCUGCACAUAUCCAGAGUUCUUCCUUCUAAGUGGAGUGGUUUCUAUGGUGACCUGUGCUGUGUUCCUGAGGCUGAGUUCUCUCUUAAAAUUGGCUAUUCUGUUGUUGGUGGUGAUGAUCUAUACUUACUUCAUUGAAGUGUCCUUCCACAUGCUGUAUGUACCUAAUCUAGAGCAGGAACGGUCAGGCAGGUCUCAAUACCUCAGAAGAAAAGGAGUCUCAAUUCUGUUGAUGGCGAUGUUUGUCAUAGCUGUUUUCUACAAUGGUCGACGGUGGGAAGCAACAGCACGGCUAGACUUCCUGUGGCGUUUGCAAGCUCAGCAGGAAGUGCAGGAGAUGAGAGAUCUGAGGGAACACAAUGAAUGUCUGCUGCAUAACAUUUUGCCGGCACACGUUGCUCGUCACUUCCUAGAGAGGAACAGGAAUGAUCAGGAGCUGUAUUCUCAGUCCUAUGAUGAGGUGGGGGUAAUGUUUGCCUCCAUCGCUGGCUUUAAUGAAUACUACGAGCAGAAGGAGAUCAAUCACGAAGGAGUUGAGUGUCUCAAACUGCUCAAUGAGAUCAUUGCAGACUUUGAUGAGCUGUUGGAGGAGACAUAUUUUUUGGACAUUGAGAAAAUCAAAACCAUUGGGAGUUGCUAUAUGGCAGCGUCUGGUCUAUCGACUGAUAAACAGUCUCGUGUUGUAAAUGACUGGCAUCAUCUCAGUGAGUUGGUUCUGUUCGCACUAGCUAUGCAAGAGACCCUGAAAGAGAUCAACAAAAAAUAUUCCUCAAACAAUUUCCAGCUCCGCGUUGGAAUUGCCCAUGGUCCUGUUGUUGCUGGAGUCAUCGGUGCCACCAAACCCCAGUAUGAUAUCUGGGGCAUGACAGUGAAUUUGGCAAGUCGAAUGGACAGUACUGGAGUUAAUGGAAAGAUUCAGGUCCCUGAGGCCACAUGUAAUAUUCUAGCAAACUGGGGCUUUGUGCUAGAGUUGCGUGGUGAGAUAUUCAUAAAGGGCGUCAGUGAGAGAAAGGGACAUGUACGAACGUACUUCAUCAGCACCAAAAGGCAGCAGCUGUCAAGCAACGGGAUUGCAGACAGAGGAAAGAAUGAAUGGAGUGGGAGGACCACUCUCGCCUCUGUGGUCUUUGGCCUUGUACAGGCCAUUCACAGAGAGAAACAGAGAGGUACUAAUGGAGGUUUCACUCUGUCAAACAACAACUUUAGCAACUUUAGAUUAUGAUGUGAAACACCAAACAGUAUUUACCUUAACUUAAUGGACACUCAGUUGAAACACUGCCUUCAUCUUUAAAAGGAUACCUCAAAUAUCUUAUAACAUUCUUAUGUGGACUUGUCUAUGGAACACAAGCAGAAUAAUGACUAUUUUUUGUACCGAUUUCAUAAAUAAUGUAUAUUUUCAUAAACUUCACUUGGGCCACACAUUUUGUUAGGUUCUUGAUCCACUACAUGCUUUGAAAAGUUACACAUAUGUGACCCUGGACCACAAAACCAGUCUUAAUUGAGAUUUAUACUUCAUCUGAAAGCUGAAUAAAUAAGCUUUCCAUUUAUGUAUGGUUUAUGAUGUAUGGUCAUCUAUUGAUGAUAGGACAAUAUUUGGCCAAGAUACAACUAUUUAAAAAACUGGAAUCUGAGAGUGCAAAAAUAUCUUAAUAAUGAAAAAAAAAUCGCCUUUAAUUUUGUCCAAAUGAAGUCUUAACAAUGCAUAUUACUAAUCAAAAAUUAAGUUUUGAUAUAUUUACGGUAUGAAAUUUACAAAAUAUCUUCAUGGAACAUGAUCUUUACUUAAUAUUAAUCAUAAUGGUAUUUGACGUAAAAGAAAAAUUUAUCAUUUUGACCCAUGCAAUGUUUUUUGGCCAGCGACUUAAGACUUAAGGUUUUGUGGUCCAGGGUCACAUAUUUUACUUUACUACAGCCAAUUUAAACAUGUUCAGAUAAUAGAAAAAUACAGUUUACAAGAAUUGUUCCUCAUCCAUGCCAUGAUAGCAUAAAAAUACCUCACAUGUACCACAGAUACAAACUGUGCACAAACUUCUUUGUGAGUUCUGUAAUAUUUGUUUUUAAUGGUAAAAUAUAGUUUUAUAAUAUAGUAUAAUAAUAGUCUUUAUUUUUUUCUUAAUAUCAGAGGGUCGUUUCUGAUUUUCAUUUAUAUCAAUAUACAUUUUAAUGCAAUUUCAAAUGUAAAAAUUCAUGUGUAACAUCCAUUUUAUGUUGCCUUUGGACUGGACUAUAAUUAGUACUGUUUUAUCUACCAAAAUACACUUAAUUAUAUAAUUAAUGUUUAAUAAUCAGAGUAUUGUAUUGAAAACAUAAAAUGUCAUACAUUAAUUGCAAUUGUUUUAUAUUCCACUGUAAUGUACCAUGAUAACACUGAUAUAUUUAGUACUAUGCAUCUAUUACAUGCAUUUGUAUAAUGAAACAAUUUGCAUAUAUUAAAAUGUAUGAAUGAAAAUAAAUUAAUGUAGAUGCCUUUUGUCUGUUAUUUUUAUGCU